AUGCUGAAAAUUCUCGAAUCCGAUCGCAGAAUACCAUUUGAGGAGGUGAGAAUAAGCAGAGCCAAAUGGGCAGCUACAGUCAAGCACAACCCGAUCUACGCCAAUUACCACAUAGAAGUGAAUCACUACUACGUGGAAAAAUCGAUGUGGCUCGACCUGUUCAAAGGCUAUCCUUUUCCUGGAAUCAAGCCUAAGCCCAUUGCGCAUGCUGUGACGACACCAGUCGCACGCACAGCAACAGGCAGGAGCUCUGAAUCCAUUGGCGGCGAUAAAGCAUCGAAAGCUGCAUCUGCUGCGAAAGGAAGGUGCUUGAAUAACACGCCCAAGGCCGAUCCUAGGCUUGCAAGCAGAAGUAAUACCUCCAUCACUGGUCAACCUUCUGCGCAAGAAAAGGUGAAUGCGCCUCAGGCUCAAUCUCACGCCAUCCCAUCGCCUUCAGAAAUCAUGGGAAAUAGGAAGGACGUCGAACCACAGCAGGACUGUAGUCAAGGAGCAGAAAAUCUGUCACCGAGACCGCCAGCAUCAGCGGGUUCACAUCCUACUUCGGGAAAUAUCCCUUGUCCUGACGCUGCCGCUCAUAGGCCUUCAAUCGAGCCAUCCGCAGGCAAGCGAAAGAGAACAAUUUCCGAUCUUGACGCAUUACCACAAAGCGAGACGGCGCUCUGGGACCGCACUCGCUAUGGCGUAUCCGUCCCGGCAAGCCCCACAGUUGCCGAAAUGUUGAUGUCACGUAAGGCGGCAGUAGAAAAGCAUUUUGGAGUUCGAUUUGAAUACGGCCUCCAUAAGGAAGAGCUUAUAUUUCACUGCGAACCUGCUGACAUCGGAAGCAUGACUUACAACGAUGCCGUUAAGCUUUGUGAGCCUGCUUUCAAGUUUCUUAACGAGUUUUUGCGUAACUCUUACGGACAAUCAGGGUGCAUUGAUGACUAUCUCAGGUCAAGUAACUGGGUCACCAAAGAGAAGUAA